GCGAAGGACACGGCGCCCGAGCGGGGCCGAACCGCACCGGACCGGACCGGAGCGAGCGGGACCGGGCGGGCUCAGGCGCCAUGAGCAGCCCUGUGGAGGAUGAGAAGCUGCGGGUGCAGCAGCUCCGCGCCCUGCGGCGCCGCUGGCUGCGGGACCAGGAGCUGAGCCCGCGGGAGCCCGUCCUGCCGCCACGGCAGCUCGGGCCCGUGGCCGCCUUCUGGGAUCGCUUCCUGCAGCCCGGGGAUCCCUGGCGGCAGCAGGUGCACAAGUUCUACCAGAGCGGCCGCUUCGUCAUGGUGCGGGUGCUGCUCCCCGCCUGGGCCAUCACCUACUGCCUGAAGUACCACAUUCGGAAAUCUCCGCACGGUAUGGUUGUGGCAAACCCACGGAUAUUCCCGGGGGACAGGAUUUUAGAGACUGGAGAGAUCAUGCCACCCCUGAGAGACAAGCUCCACAAGCACCACUGAUGGCCAGCUGAUUUCAUCCUUGGGUGGACAUGGUGAGAGCUGCACCUGCUUUGUCUCUUCCAUAAAAGAGUCUUUAUUCUG